UAUUUUAAAAAAUCUAAAUAUUGAUUGUACGUAUAACCGGAUAUAUGGAAGAACGAGGCAGGCAGCGAUAAAUAUAAUGAUAUACAAACAUAUUAUUCGCAUGGCCCUGCGUAAAAACAUAGACGUAUGUUCAUAUUAAGCCAGAGACUCUGCAGUGCAUAUAGCCUGGAAUGGCAGUAAAUUACUUGGAUGGGCCAUUUGUAUUCAGAAUCAACGAGAACGGCGCAGGACCCCAUCUUCUAGUACAAGUGUGCACCGAACGGGGCUGGAGAGAGUAUACAGGGGAUGGUAGUUCUUUCAGGGAACGUUGGAAUUUAUGGUGGAGGUCCGGCGGUUUCCCUUUAUCACAUUACAGGACUCUACUGCCCUGGCAGUUCACAAAUCACAUACCAAAGGGGAACUCAAUUUGUAGAAAGGACAAUCUUGUAAGACAUUUGAAAUGUAUGAAAAAGGUUUAUGGAUCGAUAUACGAUUUUAGUCCUCUAGGUUACAAUCUACCGUCAGAAUACACAAAACUGGCUGCGGAUUGCAGUCGAUAUGAAAAGGACGACAGAGUAUGGAUAUGUAAACCUGUGGGUCAAAGUCAAGGAAGAGGAAUUUUUCUCUUCCGGAGAUUAAGUGAUCUGACCUAUGAUAACGUAGCAGUGGUUCAACGUUACAUAGAAAAUCCUUUAUUAAUCGGUGGCUAUAAAUUUGAUUUACGUUUAUACGUCUGCGUCCCAUCCUACAAGCCGCUAACAGUUUACUUGUACAAGGAGGGUCUUGCUCGUUUUGCCACAGAGAAAUUUUCCUUGGAUAACCUGGACAAUCCCUUCCGUCACUUGACCAAUUGUUCCUUGAAUAAAUUGGGUCCAGGUUACUCGGAGAAGAAGGAAAGAGUCGGUGCUGGAUGCAAGUGGACCUUCAGGCAGCUUAGGAGAUACCUGGAGCAGUCAGGAUAUUCAGACUGGUUCCUGUGGCAGAGAAUCGCCUGUCUCGUUAGCCUUACUAUCCUAAGUCAAACAGCAGGGAUACCCAGGUCCUCGAAUUGCUUUGAGUUCUUCGGAUUCGAUGUCCUUAUCGAUGAUAACCUGAAGCCCUGGCUCCUAGAGGUCAAUGUUAGUCCUGCACUUGGCAAUGACUGCGAAGUGGACUCUGAGGUGAAGAAACCUCUACUUCACGACAUGUUCGAUCUCCUUGGACUUCCUGUGUGCAAUACAGGCUUGUCCCUCUUUACGAUAUGGUCGUCUUCCAGUUCCAUUGAUGAGGACAAUCCUUCCCGAUUUUAUCAUGCUCGGGACUCUAAGAAAAGAUGUAGGACAAGUCGGGAUUCCAUGCCACUCGCUAAUGUAUGUCCCGAGAUACAAAAUGUGCUUCGUCAGAAUACACCAGAGACCUGCUCUGAAUUGUGGUCACGUUACAACCCUCUGUUCCUGGAGAAGAGUUGUCGCCGUGGUUUCAAGGGCAAUAACAGCAAUCCUCCAGCCAUUGCAUGGGACAAUGGGAAGGACUGGAGAAAUCCUAGUAUAAAGGAAGGUGGCUGGAUACGUAUUUAUCCUUUGACUCUUCUGAAACCAACGGAUGCUACAGAAUACAUCAACGCCUCGAUCUCGGAUACGCCACGUAUCAUCGAGAAGGAAAUCAAGAAUACAGUUCUCUGUAUCCAAAAAUACUUAAAAGCUGCCAAAGAUGUACAAAGAAAAUUCGGCAAACUUGGGGAUGAGCAAUGUAAUGAAUUUCUUCAAAGAACCUUAGAGCUGACUACGGAAAUCUGGCUACCGGAAAAAUGAAUGGACAUUCCAGAUAUCGCUUGAAUUGCGUAUUUGAUUUUGAUUAUAUUAUAUAUACGCGAGGAUUACUUCUUGCUUAGCCAUAUACAAUUUUAAAACAUUUGUCAUAUUAAGAGUAUGCUUGGUUCUUUUGUAUCAUUUCCAAAACAGGAUGGUACUCUCGGAAUGGUGUUUGUGAAAAUUCCAUUGCGAAAACAGACGUCUUACUUCUGUGAGACGUGUUCUGUAUGCUUUUGAGCUUUGUGCUGCGAAUAAAGGAUGCUUUGUAUGGAAGAGGAU